AUGCAUAAUAAAAAAGGUUCAAAAUACGGAGAUAAAAAAACUACAUCAAAUAUGGGGAAAGAAACAAAUAAUGAUGUAAAAAAUAAAAAGAUAGAUGAUAAUUUAAAUAACGUUGUAAAUACGAGUGAAAGGAGAAUAUUGUUUUAUAAAACAAAAAUAUGUCCAUGGUAUAUUAAAGGAAAAUGUGAAAGACGAAAAACAUGUUUAUAUGCACAUGCCCAAAAUGAAUUAAGAGAAUUGCCAAAUUUAUGUAAAACUAGCUUAUGCCCUAAAUUAAAAAUAAAUGAAACAUGUAAUGAUAAGAAAUGUAAAUAUGCACAUACCAAUAUUGAAUUAAGAGCAACAGAAAAUUUGUAUAAAACUGCUUUAUGUGAAAGCUUUAGCAAAGGAAAAUGUUUUUCGGGUCAAUUUUGUAGAUAUGCACAUGGUCAAAAUGAAUUAAGAGAAAACCCAAUGGAAAUAACAGAUAAAAAUAUAAUAAUAGGUACAUGUAAAACUAAAAAUGAGAAUAUAAAUGGAAUAAAUAAUAAUAAAUUUGAAUUUGAAAAAAAAAAGAUAGGAACAGAUAAUAAUAGUAGUAAUAGUAGUAGUAGUGUAGAUAAUUCAAAAAGAAAUGAAGGAUAUUAUGGAUUAUCCAAAAAAAAAGAAAAAAAUGUUAUAUCAAAUAAAUAUAAUAUAUUAACAAAAAGUGAUGGAAUAUGUGAUUUAGGAAUUUCAGGAGAUCUUCAUUUAUUUAAUGAUAAUCCAAAUGGAAGUGAAAAUAUUUAUGAAUUUAAAAAUAAAAUAAUAAAACAAAAUAUAAAGAAUGUAAAUAAGAAUUCGCAAAAUAACAAUGGUAAGGCUAAUGUAGAAAAUCAUAUGAAUGAAAAUGGUAAUGUAAUUGUAAAUGGUAAUAAUAAUAAAAGGGCAGCAAAAAAAAUGGCAAAACAUGGAAAUAAAAUAAUGAAUAAACAAAUUGAUACCUCAAAUGACAAUCAAACAAAUAAUCAAGUUAGUAAAAGAAAUGAAGAAACAGUUGAUUAUGGAAAUAAACAAUUUACAUCUAAAAAUUCAAAAUAUAACAAUUCUAAUGUGAAUCAUAAAAAUGUACAUAAAGCAGUAAAUAAUUUAAUGGGCCCAUUAACAAAUUAUUUAAAACAUGAAGAAAGCUCAAAAUUUAGUGAAGAACAAUUUUUAAAUGAUAAUUUAAAUGUAUUAUCAUUUUUGGAAGAUAAUAAUAAUAAUAUAGACAAAUUUAGAAAAGGUUAUUCUAGUGUUAUUUCAAGUGAAAUUGUAAAUAAUAUUGUUGAUAUGAAUAAUGAAACUUAUAAUAAAAAUAAAGGUGUGGUUAUAGAGAAUCAAAACAUUUUAAUUUGUGAUAAAGAAAGUAAAAAUAAUAAUUUAUCAGCAUCUAUAAAUUAUGUUCAAAAUAAAAACGGUUCGAUUGUGAAUAAUAAUACUAAUGCAAAUGGAAAUGCAAAUGGAAAUGGCAAUGGAAAUGCAAAUGGCAAUGCAAAUGGAAAUGCAAAUUUUGCUUCUUCACUUUUAAAAUAUAAUGUCCAGGGUUUAGAAGAAGAUAAUGAGAUAUGCAAUAUAGAUAUACACAAUAUUGGGAAUGUAGAAAUGAACAAUAAAAUGAAUUAUUAUAAUUAUGGAGGUGUGGAGAAUAUUGAGAAUAUAGUUAAUUACAAUAAUUUUGGAUUUGAAAAUAAUAACAAUAGAAUUAUAAAUAACGAAAAUAACAAUAUUGGAAUGGGCAUACAAGAUCAUCAUCAUCAUCAUCAUCAUCAUAAUAAUAAUAAUAAUAAUAAUAACAAUGUGCUAAAUAAUAGCGUGCUAAAUAAUAGCGUGCUAAAUAAUAGCGUGCUAAAUAAUAACGUGCUAAAUAAUAGCGUGCUAAAUAAUAGCGUGCUAAAUAAUAGCGUGCUAAAUAAUAACGUGCUAAAUAAAAAUUUAAUAAAUGCUGAAACGGAGAAUGAUUUUUAUAUUAAUGAUAGAAGAAACAAUUUAAUGAAUAAUAUGAAUUAUAUAUAUAAUAAUAAUUUAGUUUGGAAUUUGAAUAAUGAUAAAAAUGGGCACAGUGAUAAUAAUAGUGAAAAUUAUUAUUGGGGUAAUGGAAAUACAGAAAAAUGUGAAAGUUGGGAUAGUUAUUUAAGAUAUGAAAAAGAAAAAACAUUUAAUUAUGAAAAAGAUUAUUUUAAGAUAUUUAAUUAUGGAAUGUGCAAUAAUAUUGGCAAUAAAUUUAAUUAUUGUGAUCCGCAUAAAAACCAAAUAAAUAAAUAUGACAACUCUCUUUUUAUAUUAUAA